GCCCAAGCUUUCUUUAGGCCAUAUUGAAUUUACUUCCAUCCGCUGCGCGCGAUAAGAAGGCUCCUGGCCGCCGACUCAUAGUUUACCUCGCUUUUCGUUUGCUUGUUUAGUCGGUCGCUCGCCACGAUGCUGGCUAAGUUUGCCUCUGGGCAAUUACUGGGGGCAACGGCGGGCUGCUCUACGCGGCAGGCGGCAAUGCCCGCACGUUGCCUCAGCGGUGUCUCCUCGCGCGCCCAACAGCCUCUGUUAUCCUCGGGCCAGACUAGCGCCCAAUUGCCUAUUCAAAGUCAUCGCUGCGCUGUAAUUACGCAAGGCCAGGCAAACAGCUCGCUGCGCCUGCCGAUUGAGUUGGACCUUGAGACGCCGUUGCCCGGCUUUGAUAGCAUUUCGUCGGCGCUGGCGGACCUUGCAGCUGGAAAGGUUGUGGUGGUAAUUGACGACGAGGAUCGGGAGAAUGAGGGCGAUCUCAUCAUGAACGCGGACAAGGUCACCACGGAGACCAUGGCAUUCUUCGUCGAGUACACCAGCGGUGUGGUGUGCAUUUCCAUGGAAGGCCAGGACCUGGACCGCCUCAAGCUGCCGCUGAUGAUUAACAGCGCGGAGAACGAGGAGGCCAUGUACACCGCCUUCACGGUGACCGUGGACCUGCGCGACGACAUCACCACCGGCAUCUCCGCCUCCGACCGCGCCAAGACCAUCCGCCGCCUGGCUGACCCCUCCGCCACCUGGACUGACUUCCGCCGCCCCGGCCACAUCUUCCCGCUGCGCUACCGCCCCGGCGGCGUCAUCGUGCGGCCCGGCCACACGGAGGCCGCCGUGGACCUAGCGCGCCUGUCCGGCUCCUUCCCCGCCGGCGUGCUCUGCGAAAUCGUCAACAAGGAGGACGGCAGCAUGUCGCGCACGCCGCAGCUGCUGGAGUUCGCCAAGCGCCACGGCCUCAAGUGCAUCACCAUCGCCGACCUCAUCCGCUACCGCCUCCGCAACGAGGCGAUCGUGACGCCCGCCGGCGAGCCCACGCCGCUCACCGCUGCCUCCGGCGCGCGCCUCACCGCGCAGGCCUUCCGCAACGCCGUGGACGGCACCGAGCACGUGGCCUUCGUGCACGGCGCUGUGGCCGACUCGGCCUCGGACGUGCUGCUGCACGUGCACCACGAGCGCACCGUGGCGGACCUGCUGGACUGCGCCGCGCCCGGCACCAGCGCCGGCGGCGCUGCCGACUGCAGCCUGCCCGCAGCCAACGCGAGCUCGCUGGACGGCGCGCUGCGGUCCGUGGCGGCGGCGGGCGCGGGCGUGGUGGUGUACCUGCGCGGGCAGAGCGCGCGCGGGCUGCCGCCGUCGGCGGAGCUCGCGGCGCUUGGCAGCGGCGGCGCGGGCGCGGGCGCGCUGUACUCGUGCGACCUGAAGGACGCGGCGGUGGUGGCGCAGAUGCUGCGGCAGCUGGGCGUGCGCUCCGUGUCGCUGGCGGGUGGCGAGGGCGCGAUGGCGACGGCGCUGCGCAGCUGCGGCCUGGCGGUGCGGCCCGCGGCGGCGGCGGCGGGAGGCGCGGGCGCGGCGACGCAGCACGUGAACGGCAACGGUGCCAGCAGCAACGGGCACGUGCACAGCUCGCCGCUGCAGACCGCGGGCAUGCGGUGAGCGGCGGCUGUGCGCCGGAACGCAGGGCCGGGGGGCGGGGGGCGGGGGUCGGGAGCGGGAACGAGAGCGUUUAGGGUGGCGCCGUGAGGCACCGUGUUAGGAGCGCGGCAACUUGGUCACGACUGACUGACGUGUGCGGUUGACAUGACGGCGUGGUAGUGCGCAGAUCCCACGGGCAGCGGGCAUGCGGGUUCGGGACAUGGGCGGUGUGCACGGCAGCGCGGGUCUGCAACGCGGGUCUGUACGCAGGUUCACAUGUGUCGGCAUGGGCAUGGGCAUUGUAUUUGCCAGUAGCAACCGGGUGUGACGGGAACAGGUCGCAUAGCGAGGAGGCAGGACGGCCCCCGCGGGCACGGAAAUACUCUACCUGAAGGUGCGGAAUCGAAGGCGCGGCUCGGGCCUGUGCCCAGCCAGCCAGCGGGCACGGCUGUGAGCGUGUGAGGUUGCCGUGAUGGAAUGUUCUGCUUGGGGGCUAUGCGAUUCGGGUUGGCCCGCGCCCAACGAGAGACUAGGCUGAGUAAUUGAGAGGACAAGCAACGUGAGGGUGCGUGGAUGCGACCGACUCUGCUGCGCAUGCGGGUCCUGCGGAAGGUGUUGACUGUUACAUGGCAUGUCUGAGUUGUAGCUAGGAUAAUGACUGCUUGGUGAGUGAGCGCGUAGGUUGACGUGUUACGUGUGCAUGCCUACAUACAAUUGACCGCUGACAGAACUGUCGUGUUUUGGUUUGACUACGGUAGUGUUAGUGUACAUGAUGUCGCUACGGUAACACCUACGUUACAGGCGUGUCGCGGACUGUGUGUGGAGGGGGGCGGUGUGUGACCGCAGUGCCCGGGCCAUGGGCAAGUGCAAUAGCAAGGGGGCGGACAUUCGGACGCACGUGUGCAAGAUGGCCCAAGCCUAAUGAGAGACGGGUGAGAGUGUGAGAAGCAAGGAUUGUGCGUGCAGUGAGUAUGAGUCCAGCAGGUGGACAGGAACAGGCGGGUGCUUACGGCGCGGCGUGUGGUCCGAUGGCCCACGGCCAGUCGCAAGAGGUGUUAGCGGCACGAUCGCAUCUACAGCAGCAACGGCCAGGAGAUUGCGGCGGGCACAUACGGUACGCGCGGAGGCAUGACGCGUCAAGCUGGUGCGUGCGGUCCUUGUGAUAGACUGCAUUGGCAUGUGCUGUAAUGUGGAAAGUAC